AUGCGUCUAGGGUGUCGUUUGCAGAUAGAGAUUAAAAUGUCAUCGAAUAUGCUGGAUACUAUUCCGCCAGAAGGCUGCUCACCCCACCAACAAAACAAACCCGCCUGCCCCACUUUGUACCGCUCAAUUCCAAUCCCUGCUCCUAGUCGCGUCUUCUCAUCGCAACACGCGUCUCAUGAUCGAAUAUCACCCAGAGCAUCAUCAACCCCAGUCGAACAACCUCACCAACUACCCAAAAUGGAGGAGGCAAUGAAACGGCACUUUUUCCACCACGGAAAACCAGACACCGACCCCUCAGAAGCCGAAAAAUGCCACUGGUGCCAGAUUCGUAGUUUCAAAACCCACAAAAAACUUCCCAUCACCAUCGUCAACGAAGCCAAAGGAGACGAACGCAAGGAAGUCCUAAAUCCAGACUUCAAAUUCAUCGACCACUCAAUCCCAAGCGACGACGUCCCCAUCGCCGGGGCCUCCUUCCGCACCGGCUGCAAUUGCGCAGACGAUGAGCAGUGCAUGUACUCAACAUGCGAAUGCCUCGACGAAAUGGCCCCCGACUCCGACGAGUACAUGUCCGACGCCCCCCCAGCUCGUGGCCGCAGGAUGCGAAAGUUCCAGUACUACCACUCCGGCACCAAAGCCGGUUUGCUCAAGUCUAGAAUCCUCGACAGCCGUGAGCCAAUCUACGAGUGUCACGAUGGCUGCAGUUGCAGUAAAAACUGUCCGAACCGGGUGGUGGAACGAGGCAGGACGGUGCCGUUGCAGAUCUUCCGGACAAAGAAUAGAGGGUGGGGGGUCAAGUGUCCGGUGGAUAUCAAGAAGGGGCAGUUUGUGGAUAAGUACUUGGGGGAGAUCAUCACCAGCGAGGAGGCCAACCGCCGGCGAGCUGAGUCGACCGUCUCGGAUAAGAAGGACGUUUAUUUGUUUGCUUUGGACAAAUUUUCUGACCCGGAUUCACCUGACCCGUUGUUGAGGGCGCCGCCGUUCGAGGUGGAUGGGGAGUUGAUGAGUGGGCCGACGAGGUUUAUCAACCACAGUUGCGACCCAAAUAUGCGGAUUUUUGCUAGGGUGGGAGAUGCGGUGGAUAAGCAUGUUCACGAUUUGGCGCUGUUUGCCAUCAGAGAUAUACCGGCGGGAGAGGAGUUGACGUUUGACUAUGUGGAUGGCGGGUUGGCGGAGGAGGACGCCGGGGGAUUGGUACCGGAUGACAAGAAGAAGGAUAUGACGAAGUGUUUGUGUGGGACGAAGAAGUGUAGGGGGUUCUUAUGGUGAGUGGAUGAACAGGAGAAACAAACGAACAAAACUGCUGGCUUGACAGGGCAAUGAUGCCGAAGCCUUCAUGUCAUGAUACGGAGUGGUGUACCUAAUGACCAGCGUGCUGCUGGGGCUGCAUGUCGCUGCUUGCUUGAGAAUGCGGGGUGCUCCCCUGAAAAGAUCGAUCUCGUGGGGCCGCCGUCUCGUCCGUCAUGGAUCAUGGAUGGUAGUGACACAAAUCAGAUUCCAUCAAAGUUUGGAUGUCCUGAUUACGUAUCAAUCGUGCUCUGGACCGC